AUGACAGCGGACAGAAGGACCACCACAUCGAAGGCAAUUUUCCAUAUCUCCAACAGCUUUUCCGGAAAGAUGGCAACGUUUGGCGCUGCGGUUGUGCAGACGGAUGCAGACGGCAAUCCUGUGCUGGCUGCACAAGCUGCGCAGCGUGUAGCACCCGAGGCGCAGGCACCACCACCAUCGUCAUCAUCGUUGUCGUCGCAGUCGUCGAGAAGACCGCCAGCGGUGCCGACGGUUGAAGACGCAGCGAUGCAGAGCAUCACAGACCCCCUCCGCGUCCACAUCAGCAAAACAAAGACAGACUGAAACACACGGCCAUAUGUCUUUCGUGUCAAUAUGCGAUGCAUGCAGUUCGCCCACCUUCAGUCAUCCCACAUGCCUUGCACCUCCUCCACCAACUGCCCAGCUCCACCGGUUCCAUCUGCCAUGCCAGGGCCCUUGGUCUUGUUGUUUGACCGUUUCAAUCAAUACCAGUACGCAAGAGU